AUGGCCGACGUUCAAGAUUCUACUAUCCAAGAAGCCUAUGACGACGUUAGAAAUGAUAAAACAUCAACAAAUUGGCUGUUAUUAAAUUACGAAUCAGAGCGUAGUGAUAAGUUAAAACUCUCGGCUACCGGCUCAGAAGGAUUGAAUGAACUCAAGGACAAACUUGAAGAAGACCAAGCCUCAUUCGUCUAUGCUAGAAUUACUUACGCAAACGAUAAAGAAUCACAGCGACAUAAGUUCAUUUUAAUCAUCUGGAUUGGACCUAAAGUCAAAGUCAUGAGAAAGGCUAAGUUGAGUGUUCACAGAGCAGAUGUCAAAUGCGUUUUGAGGCAGUUCAGUAUUGAAGUCCCUGCUAGCUCGGCGGAAGAUUUGAAUGAGGAAUCCAUAGUGGUUCAACUGAGAAAGGCCGGGGGAGCAUCAUAUGAUAAAGCAUGA